CCCAAGAAAUGAACUCUACUACAGGACCGUUUGACACAACCUUCAGAGGAGAUGCAGCAACCAUUCAAGUCAGAGACACUUUCAGCACAGCCCUCGCUAAAAAUAUCAUCGUUGUGUUUGUCUGGCUGUGUCUCAGUUACAUCAACGGGGCUCUGGUCCUCACGUUCUUCAAAAACCAAGUAUUUUACGAGGAUCCGCGAUACAUUCUGUUCAUCCACAUGGUCAUCAAUGAUGCUGUUCAGCUGACUGUUGCAUUGACUUUAUUUGUUGUGAGUUAUGUUUUCUUCAGAAUUAAUGUCGCCUUCUGCAGCUUUUUUAUAUUAAUUGCUGUCUUUACCACUAUGAACACCCCUCUGAGUCUCGCAGCGAUGGCUAUUGAGCGUUACGUAGCUAUCUGCAACCCCUUGCGUGCUGUCCCUGCAAUAACAGACCUGUUUAUUACAUUAGCAAUAGAACCUGUAGGUUUUUUCCACUCAUCUGUGUUCUGCCUGCGUGAUACAGUUUUUAGAGCUCCCUUCCUGUCUUAUAAAAGACAUGCUUUCGAUGGUAUAUAUUUUUCCUUUGUUUGUCUCACUGUAAUCUAUACUUAUUUAAAGAUCAUGUUUGUAGCAAAGGCAGCUAACAAUGAUGCUGCAAAGGCUCGCAACACCAUCCUGCUGCAUGGACUCCAACUGCUAAUGUGCUUGCUGUCGUACGGGAUUCAGCCACUACAGUCAGCCCUGGUGUUUAUUUUCCCAAGCCACUAUGUCAAUAUCUUCUAUAUUAUCUAUUUAUUAGUAUAUAUUUUGCCAAGAUUUCUCAGCCCAAUCGUCUAUGGUGUCAGGGACCAGAACUUUAGGAAGUACUUGAAACAGUACUUUGUGUGCAAAGGAGGGGGAUACGGCAGAGCUGCUCUCUCAGAGAGUCUCUACUCCCUCUCUAUGGAGCCCCUGCUGCACCAGCUCAGGGAGAACCUGACUGGACAGGCAGUGCACAGGGUCCUGAGUGACCUACAGGCCUCCCUCAGUGCAGCUCUCCCCCAGUUCCUGGGCAGGGUUCUGCCAGAGCGCUCGGCCCCAGAGCACGAGCUCCUGCUCCCCACAGUGCUGGUCUUCCCUUCAGUGCCACAAGAGGAGUGGGUGGAGCCGCCUGGCAGACUGCUGUCAGUGGGAAGAGUGACAGAGGUGGCUCUCCACACAGCAGAAAAGAAACAGCUGUAUGCAAUCUGUAUUUGA